AUGGGAUCCCCAUCCACCAGCCAUUCUACAUUCGACAUCGUUUAUUUCUCCUAUCUUCCGUGGCAUGUGAAACGAGAAAUUCUCUCGAACUUGACCCCGAUCGAUAUGUUGAAUCUUGCAGAGAUUGAUAUAGAAUUCCGAGAAUUGAUUCAAUCGCAUCCAAAACGAUUGCAUUCAAUCGGAACAAGCAACGAUUUGAACAUUGAAGUGCUCCGGAACGGGAUCACUCGCCGAUAUUGGAGAGAUUACUACAGUGACACAUAUCAUCCAAAGAAAAUCGAGCGUUUUCGUCGCGAGGAAACCCAAGGGUACAGUCUUGUCUUUUGUGCGGGUGAUGAUCGACGAUACGAGCAAGAACAGGAGCUUCUACUCUCGAAUUGCAUAUUGGAUGUGUUUGAAUGCCCUCAUCCAAAGCAUCUAAGCUUAGGAGUUGUAGCGAAACAUUUGGAGAAACCCGAAGUCGACACAGCGCCUCAACUCAUCGAAAUGAUUGAUGCGUUCAAAGCUAAAGAAAUGAAUUUAAUCGAAAUGCAGCACAUCUUCGAGAACAACGAGGCGGUGGAUAGGUUUUUGGAAAACGAAAAGAUUCGAUCUCUCGAAUGUUUGAGUCUUGAUAUCAGUGAGGCGAACUUGCACAAAUUCGUCGAUGUCAAGAUCCCGAAGUUGUUGCUUUAUGUGCACGAUCACACCGAGGAGCUUGGCGCACAGCUGAUCGCGUUUGCUGAACAAAUGAUUGAUCAAUGGGAGCAAGGAGAACGAGAAAUUGAUACGUUGUUUCUCACAUUGGAAACCGAUGACGAUUUUGGAGAAGACGAGAUCGAGAACAUUCUCAACUUUGAGAUCAAUGAAAUGGCGCAUCAACUCGGAUUCGGCCGAUUGGGAUCAUUUAAAGAAAAGACAAUCGAUCGCCGCUUCAGACUAAUCAAACGGCUUGAUGGAACGGGUCUUCUCAUCAUGACUGGUGCGAUAUCGGUGGUGCUCGUCAAAUGCGAUUACGCGUUUCGGAGAGAACGAGGCCUGGGCACUAGCAGCCAAUUUGAAAUUUUCCACGGUCGAGUGGAGGGUCUUCUCUAUAAAUUGAGAACGAUUGAGGAAAAUGAGGGAAGAUUGAGAAGAUAUGGAAAAGAAACGGUGAAAGAAGAAAUGAAAGAAGUUGUGGAUUCGGGUUCAUUCGCGAUUUUCGGUAUCGAAACACUGGAAGAGGAUGCUGAUGAAAGCGAGGAAACGCUACAAGAAAGAGCAAAAGAAAAGGAGAAUGAAGAAGUGGCUGAAGAAGAGAUAAAGGAGGAAAUCCUCGCCGAUUUGGAAGUGGCAUUGAAAGAGUUGAACGAGUACAGGAAGAAUGUUCCGUUGAGAGAACUCAGCAUUGAUCAGCUAUGGGACGACAAGGAGUCACAGAUUUCGAAGCGAACAAUGCGAUCGCUUGUCUAUGGACUUCGCGGUGACGCGUUUCCGUCAAGACCCGAUCACGAUCGUCGACCCGAUCAACGCAUUGUGCUCGAGUACGCGGAUGAGUGCCUCAAAGCCGGUCAUUUACUUCCAUACUAUGAAACUUUU